AUGACGCCGUCGCCGGAGUCCACCUCCACCCCUGGACGAAUCCACCGAGACCGAGGCCACGAGCGCCCUCCCUUGGGUUCAAGUCAGAGAGAGUUUCAGUCACGGACAUCCCCCCCAAUCUUCAUCUGGUUCUCUCAGGUACCGUUGCUAGCCCGUGAUCUGCCAGAGUCCACCUCCUUCUACCCUCCUCUCCCCGUCAUUCGUUCCACCCUCCUCCUCAUCAACACCAUCCCCUCCCUCGCAAGAUCGAAGAUCGGAAACAGAGGCAUCAGAACGGAUCUCGCCUCGGGUCUUGUCGCCGAUCCCUUCAUCCUACUUCUUACCGGACCCCCCGGCGACCAGCGACGUCUCCAGCUCGCGACUGUUGGAAGAGAGAAAAAAAACCCUUCCAAGGUCCACGUCGACUUGGCCGACCAGAUCCUUCGCUCCAUCACAUCCUCUUCACGACCAACACUCGUUUCCUCGUUUCCACGACUCGGCUGGCUCGAGCAUAAGCUCACGAGCCCUGAGGGGAACGCAGUGUGCAAACGUGAAUUCGCGACCGGUGGACGAAGUCCCAUCUGCGUCCCGCGCGCAGCCUACCUAAACGCGACCUGUUGUCGUCUUUAUUUCUUCGCCCUCGAUCACCACGCCAAAGCGAGCUCCGUGUCGGAGCACUUCGGCAAGAUUCCUUCCCACGAGUCGCGGGCCUCCCUCUUCGGAGGCGUUGCAUUUGACCCGUCCUUUCGCCCAACCCCUGGCGGAUUUCGUGGUCGGGAAGGAUAUGCGAAUCUAGCCAAAAAGCCCAAACCGACCAGGAUGUACAUGCCUAAUUCUCAAUGGACAUGGUCUUUCGCCAUCGUCACCCUGGUCCAGACCAUCGUAACGCUAGGGCUAGAAUGUUAUAUCUUCGCCAACUUCCAAAUGCAAGAAAAGCCGAACGAGAGUCCGUCCUCCAAAACAAUCCCCACAUUUCUCGCCCUUUAUGGCUUCGGAUUCAUCUAUGAACUUAUCCUUGUCUACGAUGCGCUGCGAAUGAAGAACACCAUUCAAGUCAUUGGGUUGUGCGCCUGCAAUCUUGGUCUAUUGAUCUAUGGCGCUGUGCAGGUGCGACAGAUCAAAGAUGCCGUGUCUGUCUUGGCCGACAACCAGAUGAUCAGCCCGAUCGUGUGGGCCCAGUCGCAGCCCUUUUUGAUUAUCAUUCCAUGCAUUGUCGCGCUCGGGUCGAUCUUGAUGAUUUUUGUCGCAUGGAAGCUGUACGACGAAUUCGCAUGGACUAUUUACAAGCACAUUAGCGCCGAUCUGCGCAUGAAACGCCGAUAUCUCACCUAUCAAAUUUAUAUCGCUCUGCUGAAGUUCGAUUUCUUCUUCUUCCUGGGCUUUACCGUCCAGUUCUUGGUCGUCGUGUCGUCCUCCAAGCACGAUGCCGAGUUCUACCUGACCAUCAUUGCAGUCCCCGUGACCAUCAUCAUCUUGGUCUUCGCGGCCUGGUUCGUUCGACGUGAAUCUACUGCGGGCAUGAUUGUCAUCAUCCUGCUCUUGUUUGCGGCCAUGGGUUACUUCUGCUUCAAGCUUUUCCGCAUGUAUUCGCUCCGGACCUAUGCCCAGUACCUGCCUGCUCGGCCUUCGAUGACCUUUUUCGCCAUCAUCACCCUAACUUUGAUCGUCAUCACCAUCAUCAAUGCAUGCAUCUGCACACAUAACUUCCACAGAGGCCUCAAGCCGCACAUCAGCAAGAAAAAGGGCCGGCCCGACGAGAAACUGACGGAGCUGUCUGACAACGUCAGCCAAGUGCCUUCACGGAUGAUGAUCGAUUAA